UCUGCUUGCUAUUGUAUGUUUGUAUUCAUAAAGGACGUGAUUGAUGAUUUGAACGAGAAACUUAAAGCAGUUAAUCAGGAGUUGGUACAAGCUAUGAACACAGGCAAUAAUUCUAAUAAUAUAAAUAGCAACACUGACUCACCAACGAAACCCCAACAAACCCCCGCUUCAACUACAAUGACAACAAAUAAAACAAACAAUACUAGUCAACAACAAAAAUUGCUCAAUAAUACAUCCAAUGCUUUAAUGACAUCUACUUUAAAUAAUCAGAUACAAUGGGUUGGCGCAUAUCGACUCGAAAAAACGUUGGGCAAAGGCCAGACUGGUCUUGUAAAGACUGGAACUCAUUGUGUAACGGGUAAAAAGAUUGCCGUAAAAAUUGUAAACAAAGAGAAAUUGAAUGAAUCUGUCCUCCAAAAGGUGGAACGUGAAAUUGCCAUUAUGAGGUUAAUAGAACACUCACAUAUUUUACAAUUAUAUGAUGUUUAUGAGAAUAGAAAAUAUUUGUAUUUACUCCUUGAACAUGUAUCGGGUGGAGAAUUGUUUGAUUAUUUGGUGAGGAAAGGUCGUUUAAUGGCAAAGGAAGCUCGAAAAUUUUUUCGACAAAUAAUUUCUGCUCUCGAUUUUUGUCAUGCACAUAAUAUUUGCCAUCGUGAUUUAAAACCAGAAAAUUUAUUACUCGAUGAAAGGAAUAACAUAAAAAUUGCCGAUUUUGGAAUGGCAUCUCUUCAAGUUGAGGGUUCAAUGCUUGAAACUAGCUGUGGUUCUCCACAUUAUGCUUGUCCAGAAGUUAUUAGGGCAAGUUUUGGUGAAAAAUAUGAUGGAAGAAAGGCAGAUGUUUGGAGUUGUGGGGUAAUUCUUUAUGCAUUACUUGUUGGGGCUUUGCCUUUUGAUGAUGAUAAUCUUCGAAAUUUAUUGGAAAAAGUAAAAAAAGGAAGUUUCCAUAUUCCCCAUUUUGUUCCUUCUGACUGCCAAGGUCUUCUACGCUCAAUGGUAGAGGUUAAUCCGACAAAAAGAAUUUCUUUACAAGAUGUGUUUAAACACCCUUGGGUAAUAGGUCCAAAUAAGGGUGAAUUAGAACUUGAAGUGCCUAUGGCUCAAGUUGUGGAGACCCAUGUAAUUCCUAACGAGGAUAGCAUUGAUCCUGACGUUUUUCGACAUAUGAACAAUUUGGGGUGUUUCAAAGAUAAAGAAAAAUUAGUAGCCGAAUUGCUUUCUACAAAACACAAUACAGAAAAAAUUGUUUAUUUUCUUUUACUUGACCGAAAAAGGCGGCGGCCUGCGAAGGAGGAAGAGCCUGAAUCUGUCCUUCGAAAUUCUACUUUUGAUAAUAUUGUCGAUCCGCCUCGAAAACGGGUUGAUACAAGCAAACCUAGAUUGCCUCCUUCUAGAAUAUCUGACGGGUCACCAAUGAAUCCAAGAAAGAAUAGAUAUCGCCUUAGACAAUCCUCUUUGGGUGGAUCACCUGAGGACUCCCCACAACAUUCCUCACGUUCCUUGUACCCACAAUCAGCUAGAGGAAAUGCUUUUACAACAAGCCAAAAAGUAGAAGAAGCAUUACUUUCUCUUUCCUCUGGAAAGCAUCGAAUCUCCCUUGGAAGCAAUCAUUCCCGAAAUUCAAAUAAUUCAAAUUAUCAACAAAGUCGUCAACAAAAUCACCAUCAUUAUUUUACACAACCCAUUAAUCCUAUAAUUGUUCAAAGAGCCUCUAGAAGAGACGAACAGAGUGCCAAACAAGAAAUACAAACACAACAAUCGAAUAAGUCGAAUGGUACAAAUAUUCCCCCAUUGUUGUUGCCGGCAAAUAAACCAAGAGUGCCUAUUACAACUACAAAUACAGGUGAAGAAUACAAGAAUUGACAAGAUUAUUAACAAAUGGAGGGGGGGUGAAUAUCUAGUAGAUAUAGGUGUGAGAAUUCUGCCCUGGUAUCACUGGCAACUCUGCCCUUGUAUAUAGCCCCGUAAUUCACCGUAAUAGCCCCAUAAUAUAGACCCGCUCGUAGCCCCGUAAUAUC